GCGUCUCGCUCAAUCAUGCUCGUCUAGUCUCCGACUCCUCAGGCACUUGAACAAGUUGUAACCCUCCCAAAAGCCAAAGGUCGAUUAAUCCAAAGACAAUAUAAUUUUGCACGCCGACGUCAACAAUAUCAAAAGUUUCUUCUUUUUCAGCGGUGUUGAAUUAGGCUGAUCGGAUGACUGGGCCCGGUUACCAAGCCACUUGCUCCUAUCUUUGGUAGGAUGAUGAGUGUCAAAUACUACUACCAGUAGCAGUUUUAAUUUUUGGCUUAUUGCAGAGUUGCCCAACCAUGGCCGGCGAAGCAACUGACAACGCUACACCCCUCCUCGUCCGCCCCCGUCAGUGGUGGCGCAACCAUUGCACUCCCCGCUCAUGGACCGCUUCUCUCCGCCUUAAAACCUCUCUGUCCUCCGAGCUCAGUGGCGCCGUUGGCGACUUGGGCACCUACAUCCCCAUCGUCUUGGCCCUCACUCUAGUCUGCAACCUCGACCUCAGCACAACCCUCAUCUUCACUGCCAUCUAUAAUAUCCUCACCGGCCUCCUCUUCGGCAUCCCCAUGCCAGUCCAGCCCAUGAAAUCCAUCGCGGCCGUCGCCGUUUCAGAGACGCCCCACCUCACUGUCUCCCAAAUAGCCGCCGCCGGAAUCUGCACAGCCGGCACCCUCUUCAUCCUUGGCGCCACCGGCCUCAUGUCCUUCAUCUACCACUGGAUCCCCCUCCCGGUCGUCCGGGGUGUCCAGCUCUCUCAAGGCCUCUCCUUUGCCUUCUCAGCAAUCAAAUAUAUUCGCUACGAUCAAGAUUUCUCCACCACUACUUCCUCCAAAUCCACCAGCCCUCGUUCUUUGCUGGGCCUCGACGGUCUCGUCCUCGCUCUGUUUUGUUUACUGUUUCUUAUACUUACAACAGGAGACGGCGGCGUCCCUGAAGACGAUGAAGCGAUGUUGAGGACCAACCCCGACGCUUAUAAUCGAUUAAGAAUUCGAAGGCAUCGUAGAUUAAGAAUAUUAUCAGCUAUUCCAGCAGCUCUGCUUGUAUUUCUGCUUGGUUUAAUUUUGUGUUUUAUUCGCGACCCUUCAAUUGUCCAUGAAAUUAAACUCGGCCCGUCAAAGCUUCACGUUCUGAAAAUCACCUGGGAAGACUGGAAAACUGGGUUCUUGAGAGGUGCAAUUCCCCAAAUCCCAUUAUCUGUAUUGAAUUCAGUUAUUGCUGUGUGUAAAUUAUCGACAGAUUUGUUCCCUGAGAUGGAUGUAUCGGCUACAGGGGUUUCAGUAAGUGUUGGGCUGAUGAAUUUAGUGGGAUGCUGGUUUGGAGCAAUGCCAGUUUGCCACGGGGCAGGUGGACUGGCUGGGCAGUACAGGUUUGGUGGGAGGACUGGUGCGUCAGUGGUGUUUUUGGGUUUGGGGAAGUUGUUGCUUGGAUUGGUUUUUGGAAAUUAUUUUGUCAAGAUUAUAAGUCAAUUUCCAAUAGGGAUUCUUGGGGUGCUGCUUUUAUUUGCUGGGAUAGAGUUGGCCAUGGCUUCAAGGGAUAUGAACUCGAAGGAAGAAUCUUUUGUGAUGCUGGUUUGUGCUGCUGUAUCCCUCACUGGGUCCAGUGCAGCCUUGGGGUUCGUUUGCGGUAUUGUGCUGUUUUUGCUGCUGAAGCUGAGGCAGAUGGAUUGCUCUACUUUUCGCUUCUUUAAGGCCAAGUCUGUAUCUGUUAGCACAGAGGAGGAGGAUCCAGCCCCAAUCCGUAGCAGUUCUUCAGAAAUUUUCUAGCGUCCGACCACUUGAAGCAUUGUUGUUGAUUGUCUCAUAAUCAAUUUAGUGCCGUCUGCAAUUAUUGGGGACUUGGACAAACAAGUUAGACGGAGUAUCUGAGGCAGUCUUAGAUUAUAUCUAUAGCUUUAUUCACCAUGGUUCAUGUUCUAUAGUAUGUUGUACUCUUGUAGUAAUGUGAUAAUCUACUUGGAUUACUAUAAUAAUAUGGACUACUCACCUAGUUUAAUUA